AUGGACAACCUUCCGAUUGAAUUGCUUGAAAUGAUAGUUGCCUACCUUCCUACGACAUCUAUUUAUCGAAUGCGGAAGGUUUCAGAAAGUUGGAAAAAAUUGUUCAAAGCGGCAGAGAUCGGCAGAAACGCUGAAAUUGAGAAUAAACUAGUGAAGUAUGAAGAGAUCGCCUUUCGGAUCCAUACCGCAAGUCUAGGUUGGUUGGACGUACCAGUUCCUUACCCACCGACUCACUGUCGAGUAGUUAUCAUCGCAAGUCAGAAAAUCCUCCAGCUCCUCGGUCACAGAUGCUGUUCUAGUAUGGUAAAUGAAAAGCCGAGAAUUGUUAUGGAAAGGUGUAACAUAGCGUUUUCGAAGAUAUACGGUUUUUUCGAUGACGCUCUUGAUGGGGACGGAAAUGAACCAUGGUUCGAUAGAAUCGGCGAACCUAUUAUGAACGGGUUUGUGAAAGGUCUUAACAGCGACUCUGAGCGCGAACCUGAAGGCCAAUGGGACGAGUUCAUGUCUCUCCUGGACAAGAUAUAUGAGCAUCUUGAACGAAACAACGACGAAGAUCCUAUCGAUUUGGUUCUCCAAGCAGACAGUUUCAAUCCGUACGAGUAUUGGGGAAAUAUUGUCUAUGAAUUCUGUGGUGAUAAUCAGGUAAAAAAGAUUUUCAAGCGCGCAGGACUUAUCGACUCCUUUGACGAUAGUGAGGAGGAGAAUAGUGAUGCGGAACAUAGUGAUAGUGAUGAGGAAGAUAGUGAUAGUGCGGAGGAAGAUACUUCUACCCUAAUAGACUUUCCUCUGACCAUCGCGACAUUGUACAUCUGA